CACUGGGAUAGGAGCGGCAGGAGCAGCGUUGGCACCGGCGAGCCAUGGCUGGGAUUUUCUAUUUCGUCCUCUUUUCGUUUCUCUUUGGGAUUUGCGACGCUGUCACCGGUUCCAGGGUGUACCCCGCGAACGAAGUUACCUUAUUGGAUUCCAGGUCCGUCCAGGGUGAACUUGGGUGGAUAGCGAGCCCUCUGGAAGGAGGGUGGGAAGAAGUGAGUAUCAUGGAUGAGAAAAACACACCAAUCCGAACCUACCAGGUGUGCAACGUGAUGGAACCCAGCCAAAAUAACUGGCUCCGAACUGAUUGGAUCACACGAGAAGGGGCUCAGAGAGUGUACAUUGAGAUUAAGUUCACCUUGAGGGACUGUAACAGUCUUCCCGGCGUCAUGGGUACCUGCAAGGAGACCUUCAACCUGUACUACUAUGAGUCAGACAACGACAAGGAGCGUUUCAUCCGUGAGAGCCAGUUUGGCAAAAUCGACACCAUCGCUGCCGACGAGAGCUUCACCCAAGUGGACAUUGGUGACAGGAUUAUGAAGCUGAACACCGAGAUCCGGGACGUAGGGCCCUUGAGCAGAAAAGGGUUCUACCUGGCGUUUCAGGAUGUAGGGGCCUGUAUAGCCCUAGUGUCAGUCCGCGUGUUCUAUAAGAAAUGUCCCCUGACGGUUCGUAAUCUGGCCCAGUUUCCCGACACCAUCACCGGGGCAGAUACCUCCUCCCUGGUGGAAGUUCGAGGCUCCUGUGUCAACAACUCUGAAGAGAAGGAUGUGCCAAAAAUGUACUGUGGGGCAGAUGGUGAAUGGCUGGUACCCAUUGGCAACUGCUUGUGCAAUGCUGGGCAUGAGGAGCGCAAUGGAGAAUGCCAAGCCUGCAAAAUUGGAUAUUACAAGGCCCUCUCCACGGAUGCCACGUGUGCCAAGUGCCCACCCCACAGCUACUCUGUUUGGGAAGGAGCCACCUCCUGCACCUGUGACCGAGGCUUUUUCAGAGCUGACAACGAUGCCGCCUCCAUGCCGUGCACCCGCCCACCGUCUGCCCCCCUCAACUUGAUUUCAAAUGUCAACGAGACCUCGGUGAACUUGGAGUGGAGCGGUCCUCAGAACACAGGUGGCCGCCAGGACAUUUCCUACAACGUGGUUUGCAAGAAAUGUGGAGCUGGUGACUCUAGCAAGUGCCGACCCUGUGGGAGUGGGGUUCACUACACCCCACAGCAGAAUGGCCUGAAGACCACCAAAGUCUCUAUCACUGACCUCCUUGCUCACACCAAUUACACGUUCGAAAUCUGGGCGGUGAAUGGAGUAUCCAAGUAUAACCCUAGCCAGGACCAGUCUGUGUCUGUCACCGUGACCACCAACCAAGCAGCACCAUCAUCCAUUGCUUUGGUCCAGGCUAAAGAAGUUACAAGAUACAGUGUUGCUCUGGCGUGGCUGGAACCAGACCGGCCCAAUGGGGUGAUUUUGGAAUAUGAAGUCAAGUAUUAUGAGAAGGAUCAGAAUGAGCGAAGCUAUCGAAUUGUCCGGACGGCUUCCAGGAACACAGAUAUCAAAGGCUUGAACCCCCUGACUUCCUACGUUUUCCAUGUCCGAGCCAGGACAGCAGCUGGCUAUGGAGACUUCAGUGAACCCCUGGAGGUUACAACCAACACAGUACCUUCUCGGAUCAUCGGUGAUGGGGCCAAUUCCACAGUCCUUCUGGUGUCUGUCUCAGGAAGUGUGGUGCUGGUGGUAAUUCUCAUCGCUGCUUUUGUCAUCAGCAGGAGACGGAGUAAAUACAGUAAAGCAAAACAAGAGGCAGAUGAAGAGAAACAUUUGAACCAAGGUGUGAGAACUUAUGUGGAUCCUUUUACUUACGAAGAUCCCAACCAAGCUGUUCGAGAAUUUGCCAAAGAAAUUGAUGCAUCUUGCAUUAAGAUUGAGAAAGUCAUAGGAGUUGGUGAGUUUGGUGAAGUGUGUAGUGGACGGCUCAAGGUACCUGGCAAGAGAGAGAUCUUUGUGGCCAUCAAGACUCUAAAAGCUGGCUAUACAGACAAGCAGAGGAGAGACUUCCUGAGUGAGGCCAGCAUCAUGGGACAGUUUGACCACCCGAAUAUAAUUCACCUGGAAGGCGUUGUCACCAAAUGUAAACCAGUAAUGAUCAUAACAGAAUACAUGGAGAAUGGCUCCCUGGAUGCAUUCCUCAGGAAGAACGAUGGCAGGUUCACAGUUAUUCAGCUUGUGGGCAUGCUUCGUGGCAUUGCAUCUGGGAUGAAGUACUUAUCUGAUAUGAGCUAUGUACAUCGAGACUUGGCUGCAAGGAACAUUCUGGUUAAUAGCAACUUGGUCUGCAAAGUGUCUGAUUUUGGCAUGUCCCGAGUGCUUGAGGAUGAUCCAGAAGCAGCUUACACCACCAGGGGUGGCAAGAUUCCUAUCCGGUGGACUGCGCCAGAAGCCAUUGCCUAUCGUAAAUUCACAUCAGCAAGUGAUGUAUGGAGUUAUGGCAUCGUUAUGUGGGAAGUGAUGUCGUAUGGAGAGAGACCCUACUGGGAUAUGUCCAAUCAAGAUGUGAUUAAAGCCAUCGAGGAAGGCUAUAGACUACCCCCGCCAAUGGACUGCCCCAUUGCACUCCACCAGCUGAUGCUAGACUGCUGGCAGAAGGAGAGAAGCGACAGGCCCAAAUUUGGGCAGAUUGUCAACAUGUUGGACAAACUCAUCCGCAAUCCCAACAGCUUGAAGAGGACAGGGACCGAGAGCUCCAGACCUAACACUGCCUUGUUGGACCCGAGCUCCCCUGAAUUCUCUGCUGUGGUAUCUGUGGGUGAUUGGCUCCAUGCCAUUAAAAUGGAUCGAUAUAAGGACAACUUCACGGCUGCUGGUUAUACCACACUAGAGGCUGUAGUGCACAUGAACCAGGAGUAAGUACUCAGCGAUAUAACACGAAAGGUGACCUGGCUAGAAUUGGCAUCACCUCUGUGACUCACCAGAAUAAGAUUUUGAGCAGUAUUCAGGCGAUGAGAACCCAGAUGCAACAGAUCCAUGGCAGAAUGGUUCCUGUCUGAGCCAAGACUGACUAAACUCAAAACUCUUGAAAUUAGUUUACCUCAUCCAUGCACUUUAAUUGAAGAACUGCACUUUUUUUACUUCGUCUUCGCCCUCUGAAGUGAAAGAACACAAACAAACAAAAUCUGCCAGCGUCGUUCGGUGUACAGAUGGCUGAUAGGUGGUGGGGCUCACAGCUCUGAUGACCAUCAUUUGCAUCCGACCUGGAAGAAGUUGUUUCUCAGAAGUCCUUCCAUCCAUUGCCGUUUGUAAGAUACAUGUACCUAUAUAAAUAGAACAUCGCCUCCGAGUUGUAAUGCCAUCUUUGCCACCAGACCUGGGCUUCUCUGAGACAUCUUGGGAUCCUUUCUCCAUUCGGAAUUACAACAUCACAUUUUGUUUGUGGCAUUACAUUACAGUCACCCUUCUUUCACUGGAAUGAAGAUCAUGCCCAGCAACUUUGGGAAAGGACUCGGGGGGUGGAUUUAAAAGCUUGGAAGA